AGGUUCAUCUCCGACAACGGCGAGUCGACGAUUGCUCUCAAGGAAUCAAGGCCAUGGCUGACGGAGAAUCUCGUGCUGGUCUCUAUCGAGUUUUGUUAAAUCGAUUUCGAGACUUGGAGGUGAGUCACGCGAAGCUCAGAGAGCAGUUCCAAUUGUUGUUAGGAGAGACUCAAGAAGAGCAGAGGAAAAGAAGAGGUGAAGAAAGGUCUUCAUCAUCAUCGGAUUCCUCUGGUUUUGAUCAUCUUCCAGGUUUCUUAUUGUCGAAAACUCCUUACCGAAACGUGUUGGAGUCCAUGGGACAUGCUGUCCAUGUCUGCAGGAUUUCUUCUGGGGAUAUCAUUUACUGGAAUCGUUCUGCUGAGAAACUCUAUGGAUGGAAGGACUAUGAAGUACUUGGGCGAAGAGCUAGUGAUCUGCUUAUCAGGGAAGAAAACUAUGCAUCCCUCAAGAAAAUCAUGGAAGGAUUGAGCACUGGUCGAUCAUGGUCAGGUCAGUUUCCUUUUAAGAAGAGGUCCGGUGAGAAAUUUAUGGCGAUAGUGACAGAAAGCCCUUUAUAUGAGGAUGGUGAGCUUGUUGGUGUUAUUACUGUCUCAAGUGAUGCAGCUUUAUUUAGUAAUAUAUACUCGGAAAAAGUAAGAACAUAUCUGGAUCGUGCCCAUGGCCAACCUAGAGAACAGGGGUUAAACAUGAAAAAGAUUCAGUGGCAACCACAACCGCACAUUUCACUGGUGCCACAAAAUGCAUCGUCUGUUACAAAUCUGACCUCAAAAGUCUUCUCACUUGGACGUGGAGAAGAUGCUUGUGUGAGUACUGUCAAAGAAGAACCAGCGUUACAUACUGAAGACUUGGAAUCAGUAAAAACUGGAAAGCCAGAAGAUAAGUUAUUUGAACGGGGAGCCGAUGUUACUGUACGAGAAGAUUAUGGGAAUGUUGCAGAACAUGGUUCAAAUUCUAUGACCAGUGUGCUGUCAAUUACUUCGAACCCCCUAAGAGUUCCAGAAACUGCUAUAGAUCACUGCACUGUUGGUGUGGACAACAAGAACGUAGAACCUAGUAAGAGCAAUUCUGUUUAUGCUGUUAAAAGUCUAUAUUCAAAUGGCCACAGGAUUAAUAGUUCUUUUGAGGAAUGUUCCUCCACCACAGACAAUAAUCCUUCUGUGACCUCUUGGUUGGAGAGUUGCAAGUGUUCUGGGGUGUCCAGAACUGGAAUUCCAUUGCCUCGAUUAGGCCUUGAAUGGAAGGGAAAGGAGCAGAUACAACCCGAUACAGUGAACUGUGAAGCUUUAGAGUCAGAAGGUACAACAAAAGAGCCAGAAGUGUUGCCAUCUUCAACUUUUCUGAGUUCAGGGGAGAGUGUUGCUAGUAGCCAUGCGAGUUUAUCAACAAAUGAAGAUAAAGAAUCAACCUCGAUGAUCGACUGGGAGAUUAAUUGGGAAGACCUGCAUUUAGGGGAAGAAAUUGGGCAAGGUUCAUUCGGUGUUGUAUAUCGAGGAAUUUGGAAUGGAUCGGAUGUUGCUCUAAAAGUUUACUUUGCCAAUGAAUAUCAUGAGGGAAUUUUAUUGGAUUACAAAAAAGAGAUUGGUAUAAUGCUAAGACUGAGACAUCCAAAUGUAUUGCUGUUCAUGGGGGCAGUGUAUUCCCCUGAACGGCUUGCUAUAGUGACAGAGUUCUUACCCAGGGGAAGCCUAUUUAAAACGUUACAGAGGAACAAUCUGUCAUUGGAUAUGAGACGGCGUUUGAGGAUGGCACUUGAUGUUGCCCGGGGUAUGAACUAUUUGCAUAACCGGAAUCCUCCAAUAGUUCAUAGAGACCUGAAAUCUUCAAAUUUACUUGUUGACAAAAACUGGACAGUCAAGGUUGGAGAUUUUGGCCUAUCAAAGUUGAAGGAUGCUACCUUCUUAACCGCAAAAUCUGGAGGAGGGACACCCCAGUGGAUGGCACCUGAAGUGCUCCGGAAUGAACCUUCGGAUGAAAAGUCCGAUGUGUUCAGCUUCGGUGUCAUUCUAUGGGAAUUAAUGACUGAAUCCAUUCCAUGGGCUCACUUAAACUCUUUGCAGGUUGUUGGUGUUGUAGGUUUCAUGGAUCGUCGGUUAGACAUACCAGAAGGCCUUGAUCCCCGAGUCUCAUCCAUCAUCCAUGAUUGCUGGCAAAGUGACCCUGACUGCCGGCCUUCCUUUAAAGACAUAAUUAUUAGAACAAGGGAGCUGAUUCAGAGAGCUGCAACAGUGUCUUGAUGGGUUUGGGGGAUUCAUUUGAAGAAGAUAUGGUUCGGUGUCUCUCGGUACUUGAAGACA